AUGCCACCCAACGAGCCAAACCCCAAACAAGAGGAUGCUGCUCUAGCUCCUGAAACAUCCCCUGACUCAAUUUCUGCUUCAGCUGCAGACCCAGCUCUAGUUGCAGACCCAGCUCUAGUUGCAGACCCAGCUCUAGUUGCAGACCCAGCCGCAGACCCCUCUCCAGUUGCAGACCCAGCUCCAACCCCUGCUCCAAGUUCAGCCCUGGCCUGUGCUGCCGCUACAGCCCCUGUCCCACCUAAAGCCCCAGCCCCUACUAAAGCCAAAGCCCCUACUAAUGGCCCAGCCCCUACUAAAGCCCCAGCCCCUACUAAAGCCAAAGCCCCUACUAAUGGCCCAGCCCCUACUAAAGCCCCAGCCCCUACUAAAGUCCCAGCCCCUACUAAAGCACCAGGUCCUACUAAAGCCCCAUCCUCUACUAAAGUGCCAGCCUCUACUAAAGGUCCUGCAGCCCCUACUAAAGCACCAGGUCCUACUAAAGCCCCAGCCUCUACUAAAGGCCCAGCAGCCCCUACUAAAGCACCAGGUCCUACUAAAGCCCCAGCCCCUACUAAAGUGCCAGCCUCUACUAAAGGUCCUGCAGCCCCUACUAAAGCACCAGGUCCUACUAAAGCCCCAGCCUCUACUAAAGGCCCUGCAGCCCCUACUAAAGCCCCAGCCCCUAUUAAAAUGCCAACCUCUACUAAAGGCCCAGCAGCCCCUACUAAAGCACCAGGUCCUACUAAAGCCCCAGCCCCUACUAAAGUGCCAGCCUCUACUAAAGGCCCUGCAGCCCCUACUAAAGCACCAGCCCCAGCCCCUACUAAAGCCAAAGCCCCUACUAAAGGCCCAGCCCCUACUAAAGCCCCAGCCCCUACUAAAGCCAAAGCCCCUACUAAUGGCCCAGCCCCUACUAAAGCCCCAGCCCCUACUAAAGCCAAAGCCCCUACUAAAGUGCCAGCCUCUACUAAAGCCCCAUUCCCUACUAAAGCACCAGGUCCUACUAAAGCCCCAUCCUCUACUAAAGUGCCAGCUCGGCCCUGCAGCCCCUACUAA